AUGUCUCUUUUCGGCGCGCCUGCGACUCAGACCCAGCCUGCUGGGGGGAGUAUGUUUGGAAACACAGCGAAUAAGCCUGCAGCAUUUGGAGGAUUCGGUGCUAGCACAAACACCGCUACCCCGGCUAGCGGUGGAGCAAUGUUCGGCGCUCAGCCGGCACAAAAUCAACAGCAGACCUCAACUGGCUCACUUUUUGGAUCCACACCGGCGGCUCAGCCGCAGCAGGCGACGAGUGCUUUUGGGCAGACGCAACAGCCCCAGCAAUCUGGCAGCCUGUUUAAUACCGCGCCAAAACCCGCUGGUAGUAUGUUUGGUGGUUUCGCCCAGCAACCUGUGACUGGUACCGGUGGAACAUUAUUCGGGGGAGGUCUUGGUGCUAGCACACAACCACAGCAGCAGCAACAACCUCAACAACAAGGCAGCCUCUUCGCAGGAUCACUGCUGGGUGGUCAACAGCAACAACAACAGGGCCAACAGCCGCAACAAUCGCAAUUUGGUCAGACUACUAUGGCUCAGCCUCAGGGUCAGCAGCAAGAGCCAUCGCUCUCAUCGAGUCUGUGGUCUCCAGGUCGUGCUAUUACUGGAGUCCACCGCACAGUCCCAAUGCAGAUCGCCAUUGUUAAAGACAAAUGGGAUGCCCCCAACCGCGCAUCUCCAUUCCGAGCCUAUCUCUACAACAAUGUCGGAGAAGAAGCUGCGCCAUUUUACCAGCCAGGCCCCGAGGACGAUGAGACUAAAUGGGAAGCAGCUUUGCGCAAACGCCCAGAACCUGGCUACGUCCCCGUUCUUGUCAAGGGAUUCUGGGAGCUUGGCAAACGUGCACAGAGACAAAAGGACUUCCUCAGCAUGAUGCAAGCUCGUCUUCACGAAAUCAACAACUGCUUGACCGACUUGCUCUCACGCCAUGACCUAAAGAUAUCUCUCAAGAUUGCCGACUGCCGAAGAAAGCACCUUGUUCUCAGCAAGCGCUGCCUGGCCCUUGCAGCUAAGACCCAAGUACUGCGCAACAGAGGCUAUGCGAUGGACGAUGCCGAGGAAGAGCUCAAGAAGAAGCUUGCCCAGCUCGAGCGCUCUGUCUUCGAUCCCUCCCUCAAUGGUCGUGGUGAGGAGAUUUGGGCCCGCAUGCUAGCUAUCCACGAACAGAGCAAGCGUUUACAGGCAGAGAUGGAACGUGCUGGGGGAAAUGUGGCCUCCAAUGCUGAAGAUGAGAUUGAUGAGCAGACAAUGAAGACGGCAAAGAAGAUUCUCGAUGACUACCACGCACAGAUCCAGCACUUGCAAAAAGAAUUGGCAUCGGUCAAGAAGGAAUUCGACGAGGCGCAGAAACUCAACGGAAACUAG